CAAGUAGUCCAGUCAUCACAGUCCCUACUUUUCUAUUUUCUAAAACUAAGUGCAACACUAUAAUGAACAACUUCGAAGAUAUUGCAGAGCCAGUAAGUCCUAGUGGACGAUAUUUCAACACCCAGGUGUUAUGUGCAUAUGUUUUUGGGUUCUUAGAAUCAGAAGUUCCGAUUGAAUUCUCUCAAGCUAAGUAUUUAUUCGAAGAUGUCUUUCUACCCAUCAAUCCGCGCUUCUCCUCCAUAAUGGUGAGAGAUGAAGGAGGAGAAAUGAAAUGGAAAAGAGUAGAGGUGAAGGCUGAAGAUCACAUAAAGGUUCCAAUAUUCCCCGAAAAUGAGUCAUUAGAAUUAUACGAUCAGUAUUAUGACGAGUAUGUGUCAAAGAUAUUAAUGGAAAGAACACCACAAGAUAAACCACUUUGGGAAAUUCAUGUGAUUAAAUACCCAACAAGCAAUGCUGCUGGCACCUUAAUAUUCAAACUUCACCAUGCACUUGGAGAUGGUUAUUCUCUUGUGGGUGCUCUUCUUUCUUGUCUUCAGAGAGCUGAUGACCCUUCUCUUCCUCUUUCAUUUCCUUCUCGUAAACCCUCAGCAUCACCACCUUCCAAAAAAGGCUUCUUCAGGGGGUUUCCUUCAACAGUGUUUUCCUUUUUAAACUCUAUCUCGGAUUUUGGAUGGAGCAUAGUGAAAAGUUCAAUGAUUGAAGAUGACCAAACACCCAUAAGGAGUGGUGAAGAAGGUGUUGAGUUCCUGCCUUCAGUGAUAUCAAACAUAUCGUUUUCUCUGGAUCAUAUUAAAAAGAUCAAGUCCAAGCUUGGAGUGACAAUAAAUGAUGUGAUUACUGGGGUAAUUUUCUAUGGGAUUCGGCUAUACAUGCAAGAGAUUAACAAUAAGGCAACGACGGCAAAUUCCACAGGAUUGGUGAUGCUUAGUACUAGGAACAUUGGAAGCUACCAAUCAGUACAAGAUAUGAUGAAGGCUGAUUCUAAAUCUCCUUGGGGGAAUCAUAUUUCUUUCUUACAUGUGAACAUACCCAAACUCAGCCAAUCCAGCUUAUCCAACCCGCUUGAAUUUGUUUGGAAAGCCCAGAAAAUAAUCAAGAGGAAGAGAAACUCUUUCACUGUUUUCCUCAUUGAAUGGCUUCUAGACAUGGAGCUGAAAUUAAGAGGACACGAGGCAGUAGCUAAACAUAUCUAUGGUACACUGAGGAACUCAAGUGUUGUCAUAUCCAAUUUGAUUGGACCAGUGGAACCUAUGGUUUUGGCAAAUCAUCGUGUGAAAGGAUUGUACUUCACAAUGACGGGUGGACCCGAGAGUAUAAAUAUUGCGGUUAUAAGCUAUGCAAGAACUUUAAGAAUCACCUUGAAAACACAGAAAGGCUUUAUUGAUGAGAAGAAGUUCAAAUUCUGUAUGGUGGAAGCCUUUGAGGUCAUAACCAAAGCAGCUAUGGAGAUGCCCAACAAAAGCAAGGGUUAAAUUAUCUUUGAAGAAAGAGAUAAUUAAGGGAUAUUUUGUUACUUUUUCUGUCAAUUUGAUUUCAGCAAUUAUAGCAGAGAUAAUUGCAAUUUUAUUUAGUGUGAAGAUUGUAAUUUACAAAAUUGGCUAUCGUAUGUCGGUGUAUUUUCUUUCUUUCUUUUUUCUUUUGAUAAAAGUGGUCCAUGUAAUUUCUUUAAACAGUAAUAUCCCCAGAAUUAAAGUAUUAUUGUUUUUCUUUUAUGCUUUUUCUGAUUUUUGUUUGCUCUUGGUUGAUGACAUGUAACAUUAAAAUUCUAUU